CCAGACACCCCGCCCGCCUCGCUUGCUUCCUUACGUCGUCCACAAGUCAUGGGUCCCCGUUCAUGGCUUCGACGCUCGGUCACGAAGGCGUUUAGCCAGCACCGCGACGUCUUCGCGGCUGACGCGUCGGCCAAUCCAGAAUUCACUCUUCGGGCGGUCUCGCUAGGCCUGCUCAUCGGGUGCCUGCUAUGUUUCACGAACCUGUACUUCGGGCUGCAGACGGGAUGGAUCAGCAUGAUGUCUCUGCAGUCGGCUUUAAUUGGCUUCCUCCUAGCCCGCCUUUGGCCGACGCCUAUGACUCCCCAGGAGAAUGUCGUCGUGCAAACAACUGCGGUUGCGACAGGGACGAUGCCUUUAGCAGCAGGAUUCGUCGGUAUCAUACCUGCUCUGGGACUACUCGACAAGGAGAGAGACGGCACGCUCCCCGUAAAUUUAUCUUGGUUCGGUGCCAUUGGCUGGUCAUGUGCCGUCGCAUACUUUGGAGUCUUCAUGUCACCGCCGAUUCGCAAACAAGUGAUCAUCGAAGAGCAGCUUGCGUUCCCAUCAGGGACGGCUACCGCACAGUUGAUAUCCGUGCUUCACAAGGUCCCACCUCCCGACACCGGCUUGCGACGUCGAGCGGGCUAUAGCGAACUCAGGGCUGAGGAAGAUGCAGAACAGCCGAUCCCCGAUACACCACGAACCAGCGCUUCCGACAUCCCCACGGAUGACAUGGCUGAGACGGUCAAAAGUGAAGGAUGGGCGGCAUUGUCUUGGAGUUUCCUGGCUUCUGGCUGUCUUACGCUUGUGUCUUAUUUCUUCCCUGUUGUGUUUGCAAUACCUAUAUUUGGCACCUAUGUAGCUCAGCAUUGGUUGUGGACAUUCACUCCUAGCUUGUCUUAUGUGGGUCAAGGGAUUAUAAUGGGCUUCCCAACUACUUUGAGCAUGAAUUUGGGCAUGUUAGUCGGUUGGGGAAUUUUAUCACCCAUAUCUCGAAAUUUCGGUUGGGCACCCGGCCCUGUCGGCGACAUGACGACUGGUGCUCGUGGCUGGAUUCUUUGGAUAUCACUAGCAAUUAUGUGUGCCGAUAGCGUGGUAUCGCUCGUCCCCGUGAUGUGGGAAUCGGCGGAGAAGAUUGUCCGCGGUCGAAAUGCGCCCAUGCUGCAGGGCGAUGGCGAUCGUGACAAGGACGACAAUGAGUUCGAGACAGAAGAUCGACUGGUGUCUAACCGCUGGGUCCUUUGGGGCUUGAGCGGGAGCGUGUUCGUCGGUAUCGUGAUUGUAUGGUUUGUAUUUGGAGAUGAGGGUAUCAAACCCUGGGCCACGUUUGUUGGGUUCCUAAUGGGGGCGUUGUUGAGUAUAUUAGGUGUCCGUGCUCUUGGCGAAACGGACCUUAAUCCCGUUAGUGGUCUGGGCAAGAUCAGCCAGCUGUUGUUUGCGAUUAUUCAACCAGGAAAUGUUGUGGCGAAUAUCAUUGCUGGCGGUGUGGCGGAAGCAGGUGCACAACAAGCUGGAGAUCUUAUGCAAGACCUCAAGACUGGGCAUCUCAUCCAGGCCUCGCCUAGGGCACAAUUUUACGGGCAGAUCAUUGGUUCAACUCUGUCGAUUUUCGUGACUGUCACCGCAUACACGCUGUACAACAAGGCGUAUACCAUACCUGGGCCUUCGUUCCCUGCGCCUACUGCCUAUGUAUGGCUCGGUCUGGCGCGAUUGCUACGCGACGGGCAGCUCCCAGCAAAGAGCAGCGUCUUCAUGCUCUCGUUCGCAAUCAUCUUCGGUCUUGUGUCUGCUUUCAAGACCGUAGCCCAACGCCGGCAGUUGUGGUAUGCGAAAUGGAUACCCUCCGGCGUCGCCUUCGCCAUCGGAUUUCUCAACACGCCAUCUUUCUCCCUCGCGCGUCUUGUCGGCGGCAUCGUCGAGUACGUCUACCACACAAGAGUGGCAGAUUCGGGGAGCAGCGACAUCCGCUUGAUCGUCAUCGCUAGCGGAUUCGUAUUGGGUGAGGGCGUGGUGAGCGUUGUGACCUUGGUACUGCGGACGCUCGGUGUCGGCGCCGCGAGUUGUUGGGGCUGCGAUUCCGGGAUGUGUGGAGGAUGCCCAUCAUAGACUUUAGUUUAUGCUAUGCAAUAUUCGAUCUGUAUGUUUUGUACACUAGACCCUAUUAGACCGCGGUGGACAGCUAUAAUACUUAGAUCGCAGGGGUAUGGAGCUGCGUACUGAGAAUAGACAUGAGAUGUACACGUUGAUUGUCAACGUGUCCACC